GUGAUUAGAUAUUUUUACAUAAGUGAGACGAAAAUAGAAUAUCGCAUAUUAGUAAAUAUUAACGUAUUCUUUCUGCGUUUCAAAGCUAUAUUGUACUAUAAUUUAUCACAUAUCAGAUUUAAGAACAUGUUUAUCUUUUAGGUUAGCAAUAAGUUUUAUUUUUUGCGAUGUAGUUAAUCCCGUUGGAUUUUGGCAGACAUUCAUUAUUGUUUUUAGCACUACGAUCACUGUUUCUUUUACACGGUAUUGUUAUUUUAAACGCAUGAUUUUGAACGUUGCAUAAUUUUGCGUCUAAUAUAUUUUUACAAUCUUUCAAGAAAUAAGAAAAUAUACGUAGCUUCAAAUUGUAUAAUUUACAUUAUGAUGUUAAAUUUGCAACGGAAUAAUUGCGUAACGGUAAUUUCCUUGAAAUAAUUAACAAAUUAUUAUCUAUUAUUUUAAAACAAAAAAAAAAAUAGUUUCUAUUUAUGAAUAGUGACGUUAUUAUUAUUAUUAAUUCUUUAUCGAUAUAUAUUUAUUUUACAACAUACAUCUUCUAUAUUUCACUGAUAUUCUCCGUCGAAAUCGAAGGUACCGUUAACUGAUCGGCAUCGGUGAGCAUCGUUCUUUGGUUCACGCACGUGCAGUCAGAGACACGCCCGUUGACGUUUACAUUCGCUUGUAAAUAAAGAGCGCCUUGCUUUCGGUUGCUGCAAAUAGUCUUAAUACACGCAAUAAAAUAUAAGCAAGAAAAUAUAUGCGUAACCAUGCGAUUAAAUUACCAACAGAUAGAAAUCAAAUACUAAGCUAUUUAUUUCACGAGAUUUUUUUUUUCUAUCCUCAACUCAUAUUAGUGGAUUAGAGUGCAGAAGUUGUAUCGUGCAAAACAAUUCUGUAUAAUUAUUAUUUUGCACCACGACUUGUUUCACGUCAACAAAUUUCAAACUUCAUGAUAUCAAGUUUCGAAAAAUUAUCAACAAUGUAUUCAGACUUCGGAAAUAUCAACGAUAUUAAAAAGAUAAGAAAGAAAAAUCAGAUUUUAUAAUCAAACAUGAUAAUCAUGCAUGAUUGUUCGAAAUGUUGGAACAAUUCCCGGUUGGUGGCAUAGUUUCGAUUCGUUCGACACACGUCCCUAAGAACUAGACACACGUUCGAUGACCAUACAUGUUCAUCCCAAUGACCGGGACCAUACGUGGCGUCCCACAUAUUCACAGUUCCAUCCUACUACCAUAGCGAGGCCGCUCCAACGGUAUCGGAACGACUCAUUAAAAAUUUAUACGAUGUCCUUGACUUUUUCUCGAUGAUUUUUGUUCUUCUUUACCGAUUGAUUUAUAGCUAAUAAUCUACGUGUACAAUCAUCAAAAUUUUAUAUCUCUUUGCAUCGAGGAAUCAAAUUGUUGAAAAUAUGAUUAUCAACGAUAAAUAAUUUUUUUUAUCUUAUUUUUUCUUUUUUUUUAGCCAUUUGAACUUUAAAUUUUUAACAACGAGAACUCGUUCAAGAACGAAAUUAUGCGCGGAAUAAUUGUGAAAUAAUCCAACUAGCAUAACACAAUUGCUAUGUGUCGUGUCAUUCACAUGCGUCAUAUUUAUUCUUAUAUUCAUACGUAUACCAUACAUAGUUUUAAUCUUACAUUACAUACAUGUGUUAUCCAUGAAUAGAAUGAAUGUAAUAUUUUUCAUGGUCAUCGAUGAUAUAGAAUCUACAACUUUUCCAAGUGUUCGUAAACUACUUUUGUUCCAGUAAAUGUAUAUCCAUAGCAUUUCAUUAUGCGUUAAUAAAUUAAUUACCGACCGGUAAAUCAAUUCUUUUUAAUUCUGUUUCACAGAAUUUAUUCCAUUAAAUAUGAAAACAAGGGAAUGAAAAUUUCUUCCCUUUUAUAUUCGUAAAUUUCGUAAUGAUGCACACAAAUAGAAACGAAUGAUUUCAUUAGAAUUUUAAUAUAUAUAUAAUUUCCUUCGAUGAAUCGCAAGAAAGAAACGAAAAGAUUAUAUUGUUGAAACGUGUAUACAUUGUUAAUAUGUGGAUACAUGCUAUUACUAAUUUCAUAAAGAUAAGCAUUUCUUAUAUCUAUUUGAUACAAUACCACGUAUAUUGUGCGUGAUGUUAAAUAAAUAUAUUUAAAGUAUUUUUGAAAAAAAUUUCGAAAGAUCAAUGUGUGAUGAUACACAUUAUUACUCACACUUAACACUUCUAUAAAUAUUUGAUAAAUGGAAAUAUUUAAAGAACAAAAAUAUUAGUUAAUCUAUAGUCGAGCAAUGCGAGAUUGCAUAAUUAUCGAUUAUUACCACGAUUGCAAAGUCACUAGGGUCAUAAGUAUCUACGGUGUGUAAGUUGUUCACGAAGCAUAUCGGCAACAAGUUAUUCAGCGAACUCGGUUAACGCAAAGAAUCUUAUACGCAAGGACAAGCCGCACCUUGUAAUACAAACUAUAGAUUCAAUUCAUAAAAAUUAUUUUUCCGCGUUUGAGAAAGGAUAGUCCAUUACGUUAUUUUAUGAAUUUUUCAAUCGUUGAUAAUUCAUAUUUUUCGAUAUUAAUCAUUGAAUAUUGUAACGUGUGUGCAUUGUUGCAAUCUAAUCACUUAAGUUUUAACAUUAUUUCUAUUUCGUAUUAUGUUUAUAGACGAUUGUCUAAACAAUCUACUUGAAUUGCAAUAACCUGUUUGCAUUAUUCAUCUUUAGUUUUUUGUUUCUUCUUUAAUGGAAUGAUGCAAAUCAAUAAAAGUGUAAUUUAUGUAAUAAAAUACACAUACGCGACUUAAAUAUAAGCAUUGAAAAAAAGUUUGAGAAUGUUAAAAGAAAUAUUUAGAAUACAAAAUAUGAUGGAUGCAAUGCGAAUUUUACGUUUUUUUUUUUCUUUUUCUUUUUUUUUUUUAUAAAAGUAACUUAAAGUAACUGUUGUACCAGAUAAUUCAGUGAAACGUAUGUAUUCAUAUAUGAAUAAUCAUUAUUUUAACCAUAAAUAUAUAACCUUAUUUAACGCGAUUUACAUUGCUAAUUAUACAGCUAAUUUCUAAUAGCCGGUAUAUGUGUUUUCAUCGUGAUUACACGAGUGUGAUAGGAUCGUUGGCUCAUUGAAGUUGCUUAAUUGUUCAACAAAUCGUAAUAUUACAACAAAUAGAUUUUUAGAUAAAAAAAAAAAAAAAAGAAAAAGAAAAGAUUUCCAUCAUAAGCGAACGAUAUAACAUUUAAAUAGAAAGAAAUUACAACAUCUCGCAAAGUAGCGUAAAUCCUGAUAGUUUGCCAAUUUGAAUGAGUGAAACGAGCAUGGAACGUAUCAAUUUAUGCGAAUCGAUCAAAUGUUUCUUUUUUUUUUUCUUUUCUUUUUUUUUUUUUUUAUGAUUCCCGAUUUCCGGUAUUGCUGUUACAAUGAAAUGAAAAACAAAGUUAUUCAUUUCUCGGAAUUUACGAGUUCAAACAUCAGAGAGAGAGAAUUAAAUUCGUAGAUAAAAACAGGCUAAUCUCGCCUCUUUGUCGAUUACAAAAGUGUUAUUUCUGGAAAGAUUGGAUCAAGCGUGGGACAUCCGAAAUGAUCGUCUUAAAGAGUACUCUUACAUCAUCUUCAACAUGGAUUUAUAAAAAUUCAUCUCGUUGAUUUAAUCAAUGUCUCAUCAUAGCAAUAUCGUGGUUUAAAUUCGGAAUUGAUGUCUCGAGAGUUUUGAUCUUCGUGUCUUUUUUUUUUUUAUAAUUUAAAUCUUGAAUUAGGCCACACGAUUUAGUUUAAAAGUUUUUUUAAUUAAUCGUUUAUCAUUUAAACCAUUUAUAACUUUUUAAAUUAUUAUUAGCACAAAUUGUACAAAGGAUUUCUUCAUAUUAUCUCAACCUCAACUAACUAAGCGGUUUUCUGCAUGUUGCAGAUAGCUCACAUGAUCACAUUUCACGUGGAUGGAAAGACUCCUGUUACUGCAACUUCUGCAUCUGCAUAUUCUUUUAUCAUUUGCUUCGUUUUCAUUUUAUAUCGUACGUUUUAUACUUAAUAGGCACAAGAUGUUACUCUUAGCCAUGAAUCUAAUUCAUAGCAAUCAAAAUAUUUCUAGUUCUUCUUCUUUGAUUACACAUACGAUUAUUCAAUAACGAAAACUUGGAUCUCUUGAACAUGUAAUAUUUAGAAUUUAGAUAGACUUUCUUGAAAAUCUUGCCUCGCUCCUUCUUCUCAUUUAACGUGAUCAGAUUUUCUUUGAAAUAUUUCUCGAUCUCGCUUCCUUUCAAUUUUUUAAUUACAUACGUUCUCGAACGGACAAGUAUGUAUAUUAAAAGUGGCACGCUAAGGUUACAUGCAGAUCAUUCCCCUACCAUGAAUAAUAGUAUAAGCUAAUAGUAGAACCUCGACCUAUAUUUCCUAACAGCUACUUAUCCUCCGUAAAGUUAUUUUAGGAAUCAUCGUUAUUCCACUUCUCUCAUACGAAUGAUGAACAAAAUAUAUUAUUCCAAUAAUAAUAAUAAUAAUAAUAAUAAUAAUAAUGGACGAAAAAAAAAUCUAGUGUUUUCAAAAGUUAUAUGAGUCGUUCGAACGAUGUCUAACUUUAAUGUUAUUAAAUUGUAUAGAUUGUUUGUGUGGGUUAUUCGAUGUUAGGAAUUCUCAGUUGAAUGUUUAUCGCAGUCGACGACGGUUUUCAAACGGUGAAAGUGAAAUUCUUCCUUCGGUACACGGUUCCAGCGUUCCAAUCCUUCGCACUUUCGCGCCCGUUCACCCUUUCAUGCAUUCCUGUCUCUUAUAAUACAUUAUUAUGCAUAUUUGAAUUUCAUAGAUCAGAUAUGGGAAGAAAUGGAGAUAAGGAGGCUCGAGGCAAUCCCAUAUAAUAGUAAGAUAAUAAAAAAUAAGUUACAAUAUAAGAUGCUUCUAGCAAAUAUUCGUGAUAAAUUAUGAUUAGAUUGCGAAUUCUUCUAUGAAAUUGUAUAAUUUUAUACGAAUAUAAUUAAAUAUAUAAUUUAUAUUAUAUUUCAUUUUUUUAUAUAUAAUUUUUUGCAGUAAAUAUUUGCAGUUUAAUUAAGAUUGUUUCACACGAAUAUUUAUCGACCGAGUCUGAAAUUUGCCCUCCUUUUAAACAUAAUUUUAUUAGAUGACAUAACGCUCGUUUAUAUUUCGACGAUUGAACCCGGUUGAUACGAUAAAGUUUGAUCGAUUUGUUUGUUACCAUUACGUUCGAAACAGUAGUAAAGAGGAAGUCAAAAUGUCGAAGAAAAGAGUCAAGUAUAAGCACGGUUGGACGCUGAUCGACGAAAAUAUCGAAAAUGUGGAACGCGUGAGAUUCAAUCCCGAGAUGCAGCGAGAACUGGGUUGUUUAGUUGGCGAACACGUGUUUCUGGAAUAUCCGUGGGCAUACGUGGACCGAGACGUCAUCGUAAAAUUCGCUAGAUCGUCGGAUUCGUUGGCACCUUUUCGAGAAAUAAUCGAUAUUUACGAAGGUGACACAUUUCUCGUGGGCUAUUCAUCUACUCGGUUAAAUUCCGAUGAUUUCGUGAUCUGCCUCACCGAACAAGCGAAACGCCUUAUUCGGGAACGGAACAAGGCCAUCACCGGUAUUAUCUCGCGCAAAGUUAUCGACAGAGUAAUAAAAACCGCAAGACCAUGGAACUCGUUGGGCAGCGACACGGAAGUGGAUGAUAAUUUCGUAAGGAAUAGGAGAGAAUUUUUCGAGAUAGAAAUCCUAUUCCCUGGGAGAAUGUUAAACACCUCUCGAACGUUAAGCGAUAGAGGUGCGAGCGAUUGCAGGGACAGUUACAUACAACUGGUAAACGAAGACGAGAAAUUCGAAAUCAUCGAAAGAAAAUGCAUCAGUAAAGCUAGUCAAACUUGUUUGCAACCUCGAGAAACGUUUGUUCAAACGUGUCCUACAUUUCCUAAAAACGCCUGGACUCAAUAUACCCACGAAGACAUUUUGAAGGAGACACCUGUUGUCGAGGAGACGAAACAAUUGAACGAGGAAUCGGAACGAAAUAACGAUGGUCGAUCACAAGCAAAAGAUAUCGAUCAGAGAAAUGAUGAAGAUUUAGAGGACGAGAAGCUGGAACAAAAAACACCUUUGGAAUUAUUUUUGGAAACUCGUUCCCAAGAAAUGAUCGACGUUAUUAAAUACAACGCGGCUGUUAAUUUGUACGUAGAUGAUAUCGAAAAUUUAUCUAAACACGAAAGAAAAAUUUCAACGAUCGAGGUGGCCACGCUUUCCGAACAAGUGUCGUUUAUCUAUCUAAGUAUCACGGGUAACAGAGCAAUUUCCGAUAUUUCUUUGCAUUCGAAAUUCAAAGAGCACUUGGCAAUCUCGUACAUCAACAUUUCGAAUCGAACUUUAAAAACGGAAUGCUUAAGCGAAGGUGAAUUCCGGACGAGAGUGCUUGUCUGGAAAUUAAACGAUCCUCUCCGUCCACAUCUUGCGCUCGAAGAUCACAGAGAAAUUUAUUCCGUUUCCUUUUGCCCGUACAACGGCGACUACGUGAUAGGAGGUUGCUCCACCGGACAAGUGAUUAUUUGGAACAUCAAUGAUUAUUUGAACGAUAUUUCCGAUAACGAAACUGUCAAAUUUAAAGCGGUGCAAAACAAUUUGCCAAGCAUUCGGCCAACAGUUGUUUCUCACAAGCAUCACUCUCAUCGCUUGCCUAUUCGAAAGAUUCGAUGGAUACCUGCCAAAUACGGGAUAGAGCCAAAUGGAAACACGACAAGAUCAUCUAUUACCUCUAACAUGGUGUUUCUUACCGUUUCCGAAGAUGGCGUAGCGAUCGCUUGGAACGUUUGUUUUCGAACCGUCAAUCACAAUGGCGAGGAUUUCGACGAACCUCUUCGCCCGAUUUUUCGUUUAAAAAUUCCUACUUUUGCUUCAGAGAGCUCGCAAUCUUUUACUCCUCUAUGCUUUUCUCUUGACGAGCCGAGUGGAAAUCAAUCGGACGAUUCAGAGAGCAAAGAUUUUAGAAAAUAUUUGUGGAUAGGUUGUGCGGAGGGAUUGAUAAAGUGUAAGUGGGGAACGCGAGCACACGAGGGAAAUUUAACGGAUACGGUAGAUUGUAACAUUUUAAAUUGCUCGUACGUGCAUAAUGGUCCCGUUACAGAGAUCGUACGAUCCUCGCAUGUCCGAGAUGUGCUGUUGUCGAUCGGUGGACAAGUGUUUGCCAUUUGGAACGACGAUCAUAUGGAUUCCCCUUUAUUUUGGAGAAGAACUUGCGCUUGGUACACGAGUUGUUGCUGGGCCAAUGAACCUGGUGUAUUUUAUCUCGGUAGCGAGGACGGUAAUAUCGAGAUGUGGAACAUAAACAACGAAUCGAACGAGCCGAUAUUCACGCGAGUCGUGUCUUCGAGAUCGAUCACUUGUUUGAUCCUGCUUCCGUUAUUCCAUGAUGAAGGCGUAAAAAUGAUCGGCGUUGGCGAUCGUGGCGGAUUGUUUCGCGCGUUCAAAGAGCCCGAAAUUCGCAACGUGACGAUGGAUUGGUUCGAGGAAUACGCGUGGAGAGAGACGCGGAGGAAAAAACUUUUCGCCAGUUGGCAGAACGAUUUCCUCGCCAACGAUCCCCUCGUAGCAACGAGGAGAUCGGCUAGGCGCGACGAAGAACGCGAGAAGAAGGCGAGAGAAGCGAGGGAGAAGGCUCGAAGGGAGCAAGAGACGCGUUCGAGGCUCGAAGCCGAGAAAAGAGCGCGAAGUGCACCGGUUCCGAAAGACGUUGCAUGGAGGUCGAGGGAGUUCGACAGAAUGAAACAAGUUCUGUUGAAUAGAAAAGGGAUUGUUCCUAGCGAGCUCGAGGCGAAAAGAGCUGUUUUCGUUACUAUGAAAGCGGAGAGGGAUGCGAAAUUGGAGAAGGCUCGGAACAGAAUUGCUCGUAGGGACGAUUAUUUUCUUAAUGCGAUAUCCGUACAAUUCCCCGUACUUUCUGAAUCGAGGAUAGAGAGUUCGGAAUUCGAGAAAUUGGCUCCGAUAAAAAUUGAAAAAUCGAUCGAAGAUUACGUCGAAAAAUUCGAUGAAAUACGGCGUAAAGCUAAGGAAAUGAUUGACAAAUAAUUUCUUAAAUUCUUAAAUUCUCUUCUUUUUGUUUUAAAUAUAGAUACUUAUUAUAUAAAUAUAG